UAUAUAAACAUGUCAAUAUUAACACUUCAUUAUAAAAUUCUACAUUUACUUAAAGUAAUAAACAAACAAUAACAAUGAAAUUUUCAUAUUCUCUAUCCAAACGAUUUUUUAUCCCUAUGUUGGCCAUACAAUUCCUCAUCAUACAUAGUGCUUCGUCAUUAAACCUUACCAAUGAGUAUCUUAGCCACAAAUGCCUUCUUAAUCAAGGGAAAUAUAACUAUGGAAGUCAGUACGAGGAAAACCUCAAUUGGAUCUUUCGUAGAAUUCGUACAAGUCCUUUUGCUAUUACUGGUUUCUCACACAUAAGUGUUGGAGAAACAGCAACCGAUUUGGUUAUUGUCACUACCCAGUGUCGUGGGGACACUUAUGAGUCUAAAUGCCGUACAUGCAUUGACACAGCAAUUGCAGGGUUUCGUGAGAGAUGUCCGAGUAACAAAGGAGGAAUAAUAUGGUACAAUCAAUGUCUACUCUAUAUUAAUACGAUCAAAGAAAAAAUUCCAAUCAAGAUUAAUUACAAGAAUAUUAUUUCUAUGCGCAACCCAAAUAACGUGAGAGGGGAAGCAAAACUGUUCGCCAUGAGGGUGAUGGAUUUUUUCUCUGAGCUAAUACUUAAAGUCGAGAAAACCAACAAGUAUAGACUCAUAUAUUAUGCUGCGGGGGGAAAAAAGCUCGGUAAAAAUACAAUAUAUGCAAUGGUGCAAUGUUUAGAACUAAGAAUAGAUUGUAAAGUUUGUUUGGCAUGGAGUAUCACAAAGCUUUUCAAGAACGAAGACAUUAAACAAGGAGGGAGAGUUUUGGGUACGGACUGUAAUGUAAGGUACGAGCUAUAUCCUUUUCUUAGGAGUUAA